UUCAGUCUCUUUUCAGUGGGAAAAGUCAUGAGAGAAACGUUGGAACUUUUCUCACGAAUCUGAUUGGUUGUGUGUGACGUUGUCCUUCUGGGUGCGUCCCCUCCAGGUGCUAUUGAGUAACCUGGCAGAGGUUCAACUUCGGUGUUUUAAAGCUAACGCUGUAUGUUAGAAAUGGAUGGUAGGAUGUCGCAUAGGCGUUCCGGCAAACGUGGUUUUAACCUGGGAAGGCAGAUUUGCAGGCACUUUGUAAACGGUGCAUGCAGGUUUGGUCCACGCUGCACUUUUCUGCAUGAAUUUCCUGCAGUGCCUUCAGUUCAAGUAUGCAGAUACUUCCUAAAAGGAGGUUGCUGGUUUGGAGAAAACUGCAGGUAUCUUCAUAUUGCUGGUCCAGACAGUGGGUCUUCUGGUGCCAGGCGUGGUUCGGCACCUGUUGUCAAUGCUUCUGCAAUGCGAGGUCAUGUUUCGGCUAAUCGGCGGGGUUCUGAGCCUUCGCUUCUCCCUGUGCUCGGUGCGUACAGCUGGAGACGAAGAGGGUCUGAACCCUUGACUGGUCUAAACCACCAGCAUGCAUCGCAACGUCCAACUACAGAUAUUGCUGAGGAGGAAGAGCAUGCUGUGUUGGAAGCAGGGUCUAUAAGUCACCAGCAGGAGAAGGGGUCGCAGCAACAGGAAAGUGAUGACCUGGGUUCCCAUCAUUUACCUUGCAAUGUUGCAGAUGAAGCUGCAGCUAAUGUUGCAUCUGAUGGUCUAGAGAAAGCAGAUUCUGCAGACCAGCAGCAGGAGAGUGGUGCAACAGCUUCAGUUGACCAGGGACAAUCUGAGGCCUACAAUCAAAGCAAAGAUGUGGUCUGUGGGAUCUGCAUGGACAGGGUUUAUGAAAAAAGUGCAGCACGAGAGCGACGAUUUGGAAUCCUGCCCAAGUGCAGUCAUGCUUUCUGUCUUGGCUGCAUUAAGACAUGGCGAAAGACCAAAGACCUUCAGGAAGAGGUCACCAAAGCCUGUCCACAGUGUAGAGUGAAGUCCCCUUUUUACAUUCCCAGUAAGUACUGGAUUUGUGAGGGUGAGCCAAAGGAAGCACUGAUUGCUUCGUUUAAAGACAAGAGCGGUAAAAUAAAGUGCAAGUUCUUCAUGCGUUAUGGAUGUUGCCCCUUUGCAUCAGAGUGCAUCUUUAGCCAUGAGUUUCCACCUGAUCACAGUCCUCAACGUAGAGAUUUUGCAACCAAGAAUGCUUUGGAGUUGCUGGAGGAAAUGGAUAGUGAGGACCAGCAGCUUUUAAGCUUCCUUCUUGCCGUGACCCUUGUGGGUGAUGAGGACUUUGAUUUCUUCCAAUUUGAGCUUGUUUGAUACAUGUGCAAAGCUUUACGUUCAUGUAUACUGGGUCUUGGAGGUCACUAACUUGUGUAAUUGAUUGGAUUUUUUUUGUGACAUGCCAUUAACGGUCUCUGCGCAUCUCUGAAACUCUGAAGAUUAAACAUACAAUAGCUCAAGCAGUUUAGUGCAUUGGGUGGCCAGUCUCCAUCUGGCUUUUGAUUUAAGAUGUUACUGGCAUUUUGUUUUGAAUGGGGGACACUUUGAAAGUAGCUUUGCUUUUCUCCAAGUUAAAGUAUUUUGUAACUUUAUAAAAAGGCUGAAAAAAUUACUUUACCACUUGUUUACUUAUGUACUGUUGGAAUAUUUGCGUGUUAUGGUAAUAUUUUGCACAUUUGUAAAUUACUUCAAAAAUAGAUUUUAAUGAUAGGUCUUCAUUUUUAUGUGUAAAUCAGACCAGGGUGCUCAACCCCAGUCUGGGAUAGCUGGGUCCAGCAUAAUAUGGUAAUUUCCCUGUUAGCACAUCUGAUUACCAGGUUUGUUGGUUUGGGAAAUUAUCAAACCAUGCUGGACAUCAGGAUCAGAGUGGUACACCUCUGGCCAGAAAUCUGCCACUUGAGCCAUGUUACUCCUGUUAAACCAAACAGACUUCUUUCUGACCUUGCGUUAGCCUGAGAUUGCAAUCAAAUGUAACCUAUUGACUGGCUUCUGGAAAUGAUUAUACUGGUCAACACUACAAUAUACAUUAAGACUUGGCAUCAAAUUUUAUGAUUUUAAAGUGUUUGCUGACCAGGAAAAAAGAUAAGAUAAUAAA